AUGUUUACCGAAGGGUUAGACAACAAUGCUGUUAGAUGGGUAAAAGAGGGGUCAAAUAAUAUCAAGAAGGAAGUUCCUUACUUUAUGUCAAAUCAACAACCUCAAAUCAACCCCAUUUCCUCACGAAACAUGGGCAGAGGGUUCGGGCUGCCCCCACCUUCAAAAUUCAGAAGCGGGCAUCUGCCCGGGAUUGUUCCAAUAUCUCAAGUCCUGCCCGGGGAAGAUACAGAUUCAGCUUCUGAAAAUGACAUGUCAACAGAUUCAGAAGGUGAGGUGUAUGGUGGACGAUACUCACUAGAUUCCUCUCACCCGGAUGAUAUAGUUCCUCCUAGUAGUAGGUACCAUGAUCCUCUACAGAUGCGCCCACAGUAUCAUGUGUACUCUAGUGAUGUGAGUUCUUGUGUUGAAACAAUGGGAAGUAGAGGAAAAGGGAAUGUGGUUGAUAGAUUUAAAGGAAUUGAGAAAAACCAAUGCCAUGUUAGAAAUAGUGUUUAUACUGAAGAUGAAUCGGAUGAUGAUGAUUCAAGAGGUAGCUCAGAGUUGUCAACUACACAAGUCAAAAAAGAUGUUUAUACUUGUUAUGUGUCACAAGCCAAUGAAAAUGUUACCUCAAGAAAGGAGUUGGGUGCUCAAAACAUUCAGGAUCACAAGGCAUUUGAUGAAGAUAUUCCUAGUGCACCUCCAUUUGUGGGCCCAGUUGAAGAAAUCAAACAAGAACAAUUCCAACAUUCUGAAACGAAUCAUAUGCCAUUAAGAGACGAGAUUUCAAAACAAUCUAAUAGCAAUAAUGUUUGUGGUGAAGGUGGUGCAUCUUCAGGAUCAAUUCCUGCUCGACUUCCCACAUUUCAUGCAAGCUCACUUGGGCCUUGGCAUUCUGUGGUUGCAUAUGAUGCAUGUGUUCGGCUUUGCCUACAUGCAUGGGCCAAGGGUUGUUCAGAGGCAGUUAUGUUUUUGGAAAAUGAAUGUGCUUUAUUAAGAAGCACAUUUGGUUUGCAACAAACAUUACUACAAUCAGAGGAAGAACUGCAUCUAAAACACUCUUCAGAAUCAGAAGUUGCUAGCAAAGGAGCUGCAACAAAACCAAAGAAAAUGGUUGGGAAGAUGAAGGUGCAAGUUCGAAAAGUGAGAAUGGCCUUGGAUCCACCUACAGGAUGCAACUUUUCAUCAAUAGAACCACCAAAAAUCAAAUUAGAAACUGUUAAACGACAUACAAUUCUCUUUCUAGCCAAAAGCUUGGCUUAUAUGAAAGCAAGCACUCAAUAUAUAAAACAAGUUUCGGGUCUUUUAAAAAACGGUGUCUCAAGUCUACGCAGCACUUCAUCUACCAAAGAAGUUCUACAAGAAACAUACUCAUGUUUGCUAAGACUUAAAAGUUCAGAUGAAAUGGAUACGAUUCGAAUGCAGCCUGGUUCUAGUGAAACCCAUAUAUUCUUGCCAGAUAGUCUUGGAGAUGACUUGACUCUAGAAGUGAAUGAUUCUAAGGGUAACCAUUAUGGUCGUGUCCUAGUGCAAGUGGCUACUAUUUCAGAAGAAGAUCCACAUGACAAACUAAGGUGGUGGUCUAUAUACCGAGAACCAGAGCAUGAGAUUGUUGGAAAAAUCCAACUUUAUAUAAAUUAUACAACAAGUUUGGACGAUAGUCUCAAGUGUGGUUCUGUUGCUGAAACGGUGGCAUACGACAUUGUUUUGGAGGUUGCCAUGAAAGUUCAAAACUUCCAACAAAGAAAUUUACUUUUGCAUGGUUCAUGGCAAUGGUUGCUCAUUGAAUUCGCAUCAUAUUAUGGUGUUUCUGAUGCUUACACAAAGCUAAGAUACCUUUCAUACGUAAUGGAUGUUGCUACCCCAACAGCUGAUUGUGUCUCACUUGUCUAUGACUUAUUGUUACCAGUUAUGAUGAAGGGAAAUACCAAGAGUGCCCUUAGCCAUCAAGAGAAUAGAAUAUUAGGAGAGAUUGAUGAGCAAAUAGAGCAGAUUCUUGCUCUUGUUUUCGAGAACUACAAGUCACUAAACGAGCAAUCUCCAUCUGGCAUUAUGGACGUUUUUACCCCUGCCACUGGGGUGGCAGCACCCGUGUUGGAACCUGCUGUGAAACUUUAUAAACUUCUUCAUGAUAUAUUGUCUCCUGAGGCACAGAAUAAACUAUAUAGCUACUUCCAGGCUGCUGCGAAGAAAAGAUCUAGAAGACACUUGACUGUAACCGAUGAAUAUGUGAGUGGAAUUGGUGAAGGCAAUUUGAUGGAUUCUGUUGCUGUUUCUACAGCUUAUCAGAAAAUGAAAUCUCUUUGUAUGAACAUAAAGAAGGAGAUUUUUACAGACAUCGAGAUCCAAAAUAGCAAUAUACUUCCAAGUUUUAUAGACCUACCAAAUCUUUCAACAGCAAUAUACAGUGCAGAACUCGCAAGCAGAUUAAGAGCCUUUCUUGUUGCAUGCCCUCCAACGGGUCCUUCUCUUCAUGUUGCAGAGCUUGUAAUUGCAACUGCAGAUUUCCAGAAAGAUCUUGCUUCUUGGAAUAUCAAUCAUGUCAAAAAUGGGGUUGAUGCAAAAGAAUUGUUUCAUUUGUAUAUCAUGAUAUGGAUUCAAGAUAAGCGUAUGUCUCUCCUGGAGACUUGUAAGAUGGAUACGGUGAAAUGGUCUGGAGUGAGGACACAACAUUCAACAACUCCAUUUAUAGAUGAGAUGUAUAAUCGUCUUAUAGAGACUAUGAAUGAUUAUGAGGUCAUUAUAAGCCGUUGGCCAGAGUAUACCUUUGCUUUGGAGAAUGCGAUUGCUGACAUUGAAAAGGCGAUAAUUGAAGCCUUAGACAAACAAUAUGCAGAUGUAAUUGCACCUUUGAAAGAAAAUAUGACACCAAAGAAGUUUGGGCUGAAAUAUGUCCAAAAGCUCACUAAACGAACCACAAAUCCUUAUGUGGUGCCUCCCGAGCUUGGGAUUCUCUUGAACUCUAUGAAGAGGAUGCUAGAUGUUUUACGUCCUAAAAUUGAGCUCCAAUUGAAAUCAUGGGGUUCAUGUUGCAUUCCUGAUGGGGGAAAUGUGGCACCUGGAGAACGUUUAAGUGAAGUCACAGUGAUGUUUAGAUCAAAAUUCCGGAAUUAUAUACAAGCAGUUGCUGAGAAGCUUCUGGAAAAUACAAGAUUACAUAACAGUACAAAACUGAAGAAAAUCCUUCAAGAUUCCAAGGAAAGUGUGGGGGAAUCUGAGAUUAGAUGCAGAAUGCAACCAUUAACAGAGCAGCUUACAAAUACAAUGAAUCAUCUCUAUAACAUCUUUGAGACUCAUGUUUUCAUUGCAACAUGUCGAGGGUAUUGGGACCGAAUGGGACAAGAUGUUUUGAGUUUUCUCGAGAACAGGAAAGAGAAUCGUUCAUGGUACAAAGGUUCAAGAGUUGCCGUUUCUAUUUUGGAUGAUACAUUUGCAUCACAAAUGCAACAAUUGGUGGGAAACACGCUUGAAGAAAAGGAUGUUGAGCCACCAAGAUCCAUUGUUGAAGUGAGGUCAAUGCUCUGCAAGGAUGCUGCUAGCUACAAGAAUGAUACUUUCUACUAUUAGAAAGUCUCUGUUUUGCACAUACAGAUACAGGAACAAGAUGGCUGAUGGUGUUGACUUUUGGUCAACCCAGGGCUAAUUUUUGUGGGUUUUUGCUACAACUACUCCCCUUUUGUUUAUCUCAUGUCAUGAGCCUGUUAAAAUCGGUUAUUUAUAUGCAGUUGACAUAAACUGAGUAUAGAAAAUGAUUUCUUGAUGUUUACAUUACAUUAUAGCUAAUUAUAAUUAGGAUCAAGAGGAAAGAUGAUUUUUAGCGUUGGAUUCGUCAUAUUCAUAAUUCUUAACAUAAUUUAAAGCAAUG